AACUAUAUUUUUCAACUUUGUUGUUCUUGCACCUCUCUUCACGCUUACAGUAGAAUGAGUUCCCUUCAUUUAUAUCUUUCUUGGGUGCAAUAGGAUUUGUUUUUUUUUAUCUGCCUGUGACUAUCAGAGGAUUUAGCCUUUUUAUCUCUUCACAGGCACAUAGUUCCUCCGUUUCUAAAUACAGGUAGAUCUUAGUCCCAUGGCGAUGCCAUAAGCACGGAUACAAAUGGUUGUGUGAUGGUUCUAAGUCCUUAGCUUCUAAGUCUCGCUUCACAUGGCUGUGUGAUGGUUUUUAGCCUCACUUACGGAUAUCCUGGGAUUUCUGGGAACCAAUAAGCAUGUAGAGCUUGACCCAUCUACGUGUAUGUGUGGUAUGUGAAUAGAACACAUGUGGUUAAACAGGUGAAAUUGUGGCAUCUAAAUAUUCUUAAACAGGAUUCUACUUUCACUGAGCCAGCUUCAUGUGCUACAAUCAAAAUUCUUUGAAUCAAACAUGAUUAUCAUCAAUGUCUGAUCUGAUUUAAACAACUUUCCAUAUAUUUUCUUGAAACUCAAUACCUAUUUGAUGAUGUCCUGUUUCAGCUCAUUGCGGAACCAUGGGAAUGUGGAGGGCUUUAUCAAGUUUGUGUUUUUCCUCACUGGGGCAUUUGGUCAGAAUGGAAUGGAAAGUAUCGUGACAUGGUGCGGCUAUUUAUCAAAGGAACGGAUGGAUUUACUGGUGCUUUUGCUGAAUGCCUGUGUGGUAGCCCAAAUCUGUACAAGGUUUUCAAAACUAGCUCCAAGGGAGGGGCCCUUUACCCAAGAGGAGUUGGAUGAAGUUCGAGACAAGUGGGCUACUUACUUCAACGAUUGUGAACUACCCUCAGUGUAAUAAAUAGAGCAGGCUUGUAGUUAUCUGUGACUCUUACAUUAUUUUGUUAUUUAUCGAUUUAAUUAAUUACAUUUGAAUUAAUUCGGUAAUAUUAUUGGAAAUUUGAAAUUUAUAUCAUUUUUGAGGAAUGUCAAGCUGAUGUUUGGUGAAACAGUAUUCUAUAAAUUAUAAUGCAGAAUUUUAUAUUGAAAAA